AUACACACAUUUUGGGUUUACAUUUAAAAAGGAGCAGUCAAGACUCUUUACCAAAUCUCUAAGAAUAAUGUUUGCUUCUGUUACUGCUGUCAUGUGUGUUUUUCUAGGAGAGAUUGCUGAAAUAUGCAAUUUAGUGGUGGGUGCCUUGACCAUUACCAGCGUUAUCAGUUUUUCAAUUGAUGAACUUAUGUUCGCAAUAUCAGUUGCGUCAGCGACGUCGUUUGUGCCAACAUGAACAAUUAUAUCAGCAUAUUGAUCUAAGUACGUUGAAUUGAGAGUUUCAAAAAUAUCUUCUAUAAUGCUUCCUCUUUUAACAAUCACAUCGGUUUGCUGGAACCACGAUUCCUGUAUAUCUCUCAAAAUAGAAUCACCUAUAAUUAGUGUUUUUUUAGUGACACUAGAUGAAGUAUAUCUAUUUAUUCUCUGCAUAUCUGAAAUUAGAUCUUUAACUUUUUCGUUGAGUUCUUUGACAGAGGUUUUCAGAUUUUUGUUUUCUUUCUCAAUAGUGUUGCCUGGCGCUUAGAUAUGUUUAUGUUUUCGGUAGCCAUCUUUUUUACCGUGGUGUUCAUAACAUCCAGUUGUGAUUUGAGUUCUUGAACAAUAUAUUUUAAGUCUGUCGAACAGAAAUUACAAAGCAUGUGGUAGUUUUGGGCCGUUUUUUCAACUUGACACAAAUUAAGUGGUAAUCCAUAAGACAGUUGCUGCACUUAACCGUCGCGCCUUUGGUAUUUGUACAGUUUUCGUAAUAACAUUUCGAUUUAUUUGCUGUUUGUGAAGUGUCUUGUCCCGCAACAGUGACGAUCUCUUUGUUAGCGCUAUCCUGUUGAAUUGUUGCCAUGCCAACAGUAAACAAUAGGUGCUACCGUGGUUUUGAUUGCUCAACGGACUAAUGGUAUGGGUACUCACCCUGUAUACGGUUGCCUAUGUUUCUUGUUGAUAGACGCUAGCUGAGGCCUAUGAUUAUGAUUGUUAAUAUUACAAUUUCCUUUUGAUAAAUCCGUUAAUGACAACGUUUAGUGCAAUCACAUAGAUGGACUUUUCUUUGCAAAGACAAUGCGAGAGCAAGGUUAUGUAACCCUGUUGGACCCUUUCCAGAUAAAGUUUGGCCGAGGAAUGGGUGGACUCCUGUUUCUAGUCGCUCUAUGUGGAGAGAUAUUCUACUGUAGUGCUAUUCUUACAGCUCUAGGCUACACUUUCAGUGUAAUUUUGGAUAUAGAAUCAAAUAUAGCCAUCAUCGUCUCGGCCUGUAUAGCAAUGUCCUAUACAUUAUUUGGAGGUCUUUAUUCAGUGGCGUACACUGAUGUUGUCCAGUUGGUCUGUCUAUUCUUUGGCUUGUGGUUGGCGAUUCCAUUUGCAUUCACAAACGAACACGUCACCAGUAUUGUCGAGACGAGUUCCACUUGGCGAGGUACAUGGGAUAAUCGAUACGCUGGUGUAUGGUGUGACUAUAUAUUACAAUUGCUUUUAGGAGGCUUGCCAUGGCAGGAGUACUUCCAGCGCGUGCUGUCUGCAAAGAGUGUGCGGAAUGCACAAAUUAUGUCUUAUGCUGGUGCCAUUGGCUGUCUUAUCAUGACAAUACCUUCAUUCAUCAUCGGAACUAUUGCAACAAGCACUAAUUGGACUGCCACAGAAUACAAACAGGAAAUUACAGACAGUAAUAUUGUUCUACCACUAGUCUUACAAUACCUAACACCUAAGUUUGUCUCGAUCAUCGGUCUUGGAGCGGUCUGUGCUGCUGUUAUGUCGUCAGCCGAUUCAACCAUCCUCUCUAUUAGUUCCAUGUUUUCUCGAAAUAUAUACAAACAUCUGAUAAAACAAAAUGCAUCUGAAAAAGAAGUCAUUUGGGUGAUGCGAAUUUCAAUUAUCGUCUUUGGAGCCAUUUCCAUCACACUAGCAAUUACCGUCGACUCUAUAUACGGUCUUUUUUAUCUGUGCACUGAUUUUGUAUACGUCAUCCUAUUUCCGCAAUUAGUCUCCGUCGUUUACAUAGAUUUUACCAACACUUACGGCUCACUUUCCGCCUACAUCAUUGGCCUGAUAUUGCGACUUGGCGGCGGCGAACAACUAUUGAAACUUGAACCGUUUAUAGAAUAUCCGUUUUUUGACAACGGUGAGCAGCUAUUUCCGUUCCGUACAUUUGCAAUGCUCAUCUCUUUCAUGAUACUGAUUCUGGUUUCCCGUCUGUUUCAAUAUAUUUUCACCAAAGAAAUUCUGGAUAAGAAAUGGGAUGUUUUCAAGUGUGUGGUGAACAUCCAACGCGAGGUAGAAGAUACCUUAAAAAUAAAAUAUGUACAUGUUGCUGACAGAUUGGAUGAAAAUCCUAGUGUCGACACUACUUUGUGAAGAGACAUACAUCGAACGCCUCAAAGAAUACUACUAUAUGAACUAUUAGAAAGAAGACCAUUCAUGCCUAUAAAAAAAAUCAAGAGAAUCAAGAAACUUGCCAGAGCAGAUCCACUUCUUCGACAUUUAAUAUAUUAUGCAAAGAUAAAAAUUGAUUAUUCAACUGUUUUCAGUCGUACAUCACUAAAACAACUCGUUCAGACUCCAAUUAUUUCGUUAACGUGUCUUCCUACAAAUAUUAUAAGUACCAAAUCUCUGUACUGAAGAAAGGCAUAGGUCUACUGCCCAAAAAAUACAUAUGCUACCGACAUGUUCCUCUCUCUAUUAUUGUGCAAGAAAAUGCCGCAUCAGAUACUCAGUCAGGAUUAAUUAUUCCAAAACGUAGCACAUGGAUACCUUCAUAUCAAUAAUAAUCAUAAGAACAACUUUAACACUCAAUACACAAAGUUUGCCGCCGGAACGCUAACAUCGUUAUAACUCCGCUGACAAAAUUGGGGACCAUCACGAUUUUAGACACUAUCAAAUAAAUUAAUUGAGUUGGUGACACUUUCACGUAUAGGUUUAAUUUCUCACUUUCGACCCACACACUUUAUGAAUAAGGUGAUGUUGGAAAACAUGAAAUUGACUGUCCAAUCACUAUUUAUUGCUUAUUAUUUACUUUACAGUCUUCCCAAUCCUAUUAAGGAAACACAUCUGCACCUCGAAAAUAUUCAAAUUGAAUCUAGCAAUCAUUCUGUCGUUUAUACACUCCUAACUAAAAGUUUCACCGCCAGGAGACCCAUCGUUUAAGAAAUUGUAGAAUUAGCUGAACAACUACCGGUAUUGGAAUAUGAUAAUAAUAGGUCCAUAUUAGACUUAUAUUAUAGAGCUUCAUGCCAACAUGACCUCUCAGCGCUCAAAAUUGAUUAGGCAUGGAUGCAACAGCGUAUACACUGGUAGGCCUAUAUGUCUACAGGAUGAUCAAGGACUAACUCAACCUGCUGGCAACAUAAUGCCAACAUAGAAUUCAAUCAUUACUUUAUACCGAUCAGCAGAGGGAAUGCGAUGGGCAUAACAAUGGUCCCCAGUUAUGUAAAUGUUUUCAUGUGGGAACUUGAGGAAAAGUUAUACAGUAGAUCCCCUUCUUUGGCACAUCCCUAUUAAGAGGACACUUUUCCAUAAGACGAGGGGAAAUAUAUCUUUGAAACGGCUAAGCCCUAUUAAGGAGACGGGAUACUUUCAGAAUGUGCAAAAUGGACAAAUCAAUACAAUUUAAUUCUAUUAACACUUUUUUAUUGUAUCAAACAAGUUCAGUACAGUAGUCUCAAAAUAAAAAGAAAUCAUUCAAUCAAUUUAUAUUUUGUCACUUUGAGCAAUAAACAUCAAACCAGAGUUUUUCCUCUCAAACAUUAGAAUGGACAUUUGUAUAUGGCUAGUGCAUGUGUUACUUCGUAUAAAUACAAUCUUUUCAAUUUUGACUUUUAACUAAAGAAUACUUGCUUAUAGGAUUCUAAUCUUACCUUACAACCUUCAUUACUCUAUCCAUGCUAUUCUAUUUUGUGAAUCCAAUAGAAAGUUCAAUAUUAAUAUUUACAUUGCAGUCGAAUCAAGAAAAAAUAUCGGGAACAUACUAUACAACUUUUGUAGUUUUAAUUAUUGUUGAUUUCAUAUCAAAAAUUGAUUAUUUGUUUGCAUUGCAUAUUACUGUUAUAAAUUAAUUAUAUUCAAAUGUAACUCAUUCUUAGGUCAAUUAAAAUAAUGUUAUAAAGAAUAUAUGUCAUCAUUGUACGAAAACAUGCCUAAAACCCCUAUAAAUGGGACAAUUUCACGUUUUUAGUUAGUGGGACAGCCCAAUUAAGGGGACACUUGUUUGGCCCCAAAUAGGGGUUCUAUUGCAGUUUUGUUUAUUAUUAUUCAUUAUUUAGGUAUUGGUCAAAGAUUGCUCAUAGGUGGCAUUCCUGUAUAAAAGACAAACAUACAUCAUUACUUACAAAUCGAUGGGAUUGCAAUUCGCAUAAAAUUAGCAUUUAGUUACGCUAAUGUUUACAUGUGGAAAUUUGAUAAGUUAUUGACUGUUUUAUUUAUUAUUCAUGCACAUGGGCCGAUAGACAAUUAAUUACUACCUGUACCCUACUAAUAGGCGAUAAUACCAUUCACAAGACAAACAUACAUAAACUAAGGCUUAGUCUCCCUAUAUAUGGAUAGUGUUAUCUGACCUUAGUUGGUUGCGCUGCUCAAAUCCAGGAGGAUUGUGCUUCCCCGUAUAUAUUUUUUAUGGCAUAACGUUCAAUUUUUAACUCAUGGUCUACAUUCGGAGUUAAUAGUUGGUUUAUGGUUUACUAAUUGUUUGUUUUCCAUAGUAAAGGGCCCGGGGAUAUUUAAAGGGAUAUAAUAUGUAUAGCGCACUCUGUGAGGUCGCGGGAUGUAAAAACAGAAGAAGUGAAUGUAGAAUAGAAUGGUGGAAUAAAGACCUCGUGUAUGUAUGAUUAUUAUUGUAUUAUUAUUAUUAUUAUUAUUAUUAUUAUUAUUAUUAUUAUUAUUAUUAUUAUUAUUAUUAUUGUUGUUGUUGUUGUCGUUAUUAUUGUUAUUGUUGUUGUUGUUGUUGUUGUUGUUGCUGUUAUUAUUGUUAUAUUAUUAUUAUUCUAUGCUUUGGUAGUUGACACUUGUACAGGGAAUAUCUCCCUUUGUUAACUACCAUCAUAUGUGAGGAAAUAAAAUUAUGAAUUAUGAAUGAGGGAAA